AUGGGUGACUGGAGUUUCCUAGGGAACAUCUUAGAAGAGGUGAAUGAGCGCUCCACAGUCAUUGGCAGAGUCUGGCUCACCGUGCUUUUCAUCUUUCGAAUCCUCAUCCUUGGCACUGCCGCAGAGUUUGUGUGGGGGGAUGAACAGUCUGACUUCGUGUGCAACACCCAGCAGCCAGGUUGCGAGAAUGUCUGCUACGACGAGGCCUUUCCUAUCUCUCACAUCCGCCUGUGGGUCCUACAGAUCAUCUUCGUCUCCACUCCGUCACUGAUGUACGUGGGACACGCAGUGCACCACGUGCGCAUGGAGGAGAAGCGGAAGGACCGUGAGGCUGAGGAGCUGUGUCAGCAGUCUGCGGCCAACGGAGGGGACAGGGCCCCGCUCACCCCAGACCAGGGCAGCAUCCGGAAGAGCAGCAGCAGCAGCAAAGGCACCAAGAAGUUCCGGUUGGAGGGGACCCUGCUGAGGACCUACAUCUGCCACAUCAUCUUCAAGACCCUCUUUGAAGUGGGCUUCAUAGUGGGCCACUACUUCCUGUAUGGGUUCCGUAUCCUGCCCCUCUAUCGCUGCAGCCGGUGGCCCUGCCCCAAUGUAGUGGACUGCUUCGUGUCACGGCCCACCGAGAAAACCAUCUUCAUUCUGUUCAUGUUGUCUGUGGCCUUUGUGUCCCUCUUCCUCAAUAUCAUGGAGAUGAGCCACCUAGGCCUGAAGGAGAUCCGGUCCGCCUUCAAGCGGCCUGUGGAGCAGCCCCUGGGCGAGAUUCCCAAGAAAUCCCUCCACUCCAUUGCGGUCUCCUCCAUCCAGAAAGCCAAAAAGGACUACCAGCUGCUGGAAGAGGAGAAAAUCGUGUCCCACUAUUUCCCUCUGACCGAGGUGGGGAUGGUGGAGACCAGCCCCCUUUCUGCCAAGCCCUUCAGUCAGUUCGCGGAGAAGAUGAGCACCGGCCCGCUGGCAGACCUGUCCCGGGGCUACCAGGAGACGCUGCCUUCCUACGCGCAGGUGGGGGCACAGGAAGUGGAGGCCGAGGGGCCGCCCGUGGAGGAGGCAGCGGAACCGGAAGUCGGAGAGAAGAGGCUGGAAGCGGAAAGGCUGGCCACCGAGGGGCAGGAGGUGGUACCGGUGGCAGAGGGAGAGAAGGUAGAGACCGCCGGAGUGGGGCAAGAGAGUGAGAAAGACGAGCUGCUGGCGGAGAAGGCGUCAAAGCAAGGGCUGCCGGCCGAGAAGGCGCCUUCACUCUGUCCAGAGCUGACGGCAGAUGAUGCCAGACCCCUGAGCAGGCUGAGCAAAGCCAGCAGCCGGGCCAGGUCAGACGAUCUAACUAUAUGA